CCGUUGGUCUAUCCCACUCCGGGCCGGGCGGGCUGGGUUGAGUGAGCGGCUCGGACCAUUGCUCGCGGCGGGCGGGGGGGGCGCGGGCGAGGCGGAGGAGGAAGGAGCCGGCGAAGGAGGCGGGGGGGCGGUUUAAAGGGACAAGAGCCGUGCGGGCGCCGGCGGGGGAAGCCGGAGCGGCGGCGGGCGGGGACUCGCCCCCUUCCCCACACACGCCCGCUCUCACCGCGGCCGGGGUCGUCGCCGCCAGCGCCCCCAUCCCCUCCCUUCCCCUCCGCCCGCCGCUUCCACAGCGGCCUCUAUGAGGUAGAAGGGAGCGGCGGCCACUCCGGGGGCGGCAGCGGCCGCUACAGCCGCCGCCUCCUCCUUCUCCUCGCCUCAGAGCGCCCCAUCUUUGUGUGUGCGGGAGAAGGGCGGGAGGGAGUGCGCGCUGCCCGCCCGCCGCGCUUUGUUCGGAGCCGGGGGGCCGUGGCGGAGCCCCGGCUCUAUGUGCCAGCGGCUCCCCGGCGGCGGCGGCGUGAGGGGCCGGAGCCCCUGAGGGCGGGGGGGCCCCGGCCCGUGUCGGUGCUGCGGGGCGGGGGAAGGGGCCGGCUCGCUGCCCGCCGGCCCGGCCCGUGUGCGGGCGGAUUGAUGUGGGGGGGUCUGACAUGAGUCCGCCGGCGGCCGGGUGCUGCCAUGUGACCGGCUUCAAGGUGGAGAACUGGAAGCAGAACCUGCGGGCGAUUUACCAGUGCUUCGUGUGGAGCGGCUCGGCCGAGACCAGGAAGCGCAAGGCAAAGUCGUGCAUUUGUCAUAUGUGUGGUGCCCACCUGAACAGACUCCACUCUUGCCUCUACUGUGUCUUCUUUGGCUGUUUCACAAAGAAACAUAUUCACGAGCACGCCAAGACAAAGCGACACAAUUUAGCCAUAGACCUUUUGUAUGGGGGUAUAUACUGCUUUAUGUGUCAAGAUUACAUAUACGACAAAGACAUGGAACAAAUUGCCAAAGAAGAACAACGAAAAGCUUGGAAAUUACAAGGCAUUGGAGAGAAGUAUUCAACAUGGGAGCCGACCAAGAGAGAGUUAGAAUUGCUACGGCACAACCCCAAGCGAAGAAAAAUAACCACAAACUGCACCAUAGGUCUACGAGGGCUAAUCAAUCUUGGGAACACAUGUUUUAUGAACUGUAUUGUCCAGGCACUUACCCACACUCCACUGCUGCGAGAUUUCUUCCUCUCCGACAGGCACAAAUGUGAAAUGCAAAGCCCCAGCUCAUGUCUGGUCUGUGAAAUGUCUACGCUCUUUCAGGAGUUUUACUCUGGGCACCGAUCUCCUCACAUUCCAUAUAGGUUAUUGCACCUGGUAUGGACUCACGCACGGCAUUUAGCAGGGUACGAGCAACAAGAUGCACACGAGUUCCUCAUUGCUGCAUUAGAUGUGCUACACAGACACUGCAAAGGUGAUGAUAAUGGGAAGAAGGCCAACAACCCCAACCACUGUAACUGCAUCAUAGACCAAAUCUUCACAGGCGGACUGCAGUCGGAUGUUACCUGUCAAGUCUGCCAUGGCGUUUCCACGACGAUAGACCCGUUCUGGGACAUCAGUUUGGAUCUGCCAGGCUCCUCCACCCCCUUCUGGCCGCUGAGUCCGGGCAGCGAUGGCAGCGUGGUCAACGGGGAAAGCCACGUGUCGGGCACCACCACCCUCACAGACUGCUUGAGAAGGUUUACAAGGCCAGAACAUCUAGGAAGCAGUGCCAAAAUCAAAUGUAGUGGUUGCCAUAGCUACCAAGAAUCUACCAAACAACUCACUAUGAAGAAGUUACCCAUUGUGGCCUGUUUUCAUCUCAAACGGUUUGAACACUCAGCCAAACUGAGGCGGAAGAUCACUACGUAUGUCUCGUUUCCACUGGAGCUGGACAUGACACCUUUCAUGGCUUCCAGUAAAGAGAGCAGAAUGAACGGGCAGUACCAGCAGCCGACGGAUAGUCUAAACAAUGAUAAUAAGUAUUCCUUGUUUGCAGUAGUUAAUCACCAGGGAACCUUGGAGAGUGGGCACUAUACCAGCUUCAUCAGGCAGCACAAGGACCAGUGGUUCAAGUGUGAUGAUGCCAUUAUCACCAAGGCAAGCAUUAAGGAUGUGCUAGACAGUGAAGGAUAUUUGCUGUUCUAUCACAAACAGUUCCUGGAGUAUGAAUAGCCUUAUCCAGCAGCUUGUCAGAUGUAAACAAGGAAGAAACAACUCAAGCCUUCUGAAUCGACACACAAACCUACCUGAAAUGAAAAGACCCAUUACAAACCAACUCGCACUGAGCUGUAACAGGACCUACUUGACACUGACUCACAGCCUGGAGAGUGAGAAAUGAACAAUGUCCAACGUGUGUGCAGUCCCACGAGGACAGAAAGGGGGAAAAGAGGCUGCAGUCAGUCACUUAACAGAGGAAAUAUAAAAUGAAAGGAAUGCUCUGGGUGGGGGAAAUGGGAGCAGAGGAGUCCGGGCACUGGUACAUCUCCCGUGUUCCUCCAAAAAUGUGUGUGGGAAGGCAAAGGAUUCUACCCUCAUCUCCAUAAAGCAUCUUCUCCAUUUGGUGCUUCAGCUCCAACGACCAAUCAUAUAACAGUUAAAAUUAAAAAUCCAAACCCAUUUUUUUAUGCAUAUGGGUCUGAAAGCAGUAGAGUGGAGGAGGAGGGGAUGAGACAACUAAAGGACUUUGCAAGUAUCUUUUUAUUUGUGAAUUUUAGUUAUUAAAUAAAUACAGUAUGAAACUA